CUCCAGGCCUGGCCCAGGACAGACCAUCUGUCCCUGGUCCCAAGAGGACCUGUCUUCCUGGAUGGCGGGGUGGACUAUCUAUACACUAGUCCCAUGGCCCUGACCUGCUGACCUCUCCCUCUUGGCUGAUUUCUUCAUGUUAGUUCAACAUUAACCCAGAGUGGUCAGGACAAGUCCUCAGAGUCCCAGGAGCUGACACACUAUGGCGCACAUCCGAGGCCUCUGGGUACCUGGCUGCCUGGCCCUAGCUGUCCUGUGUAGCCUUGUGCCCAGCCAGCAUGUGUUCCUGGCCCCUCAGCAAGCGCUCUUGCUGCUCCAGCGGGUCCGACGCGCCAACAGUGGCUUUCUGGAGGAGUUGCGCAAGGGGAACCUGGAGCGGGAGUGUGUGGAGGAGCAGUGCAGCUAUGAGGAGGCCUUUGAGGCCCUGGAAUCUUCCAUCGCCACGGAAGUAUUCUGGACCAAGUACACAGCUUGUGAGUCGGUGAGGAAACCUCGAGAAAAGCUCACUGAAUGUCUGGAAGGUAGCUGCGCUGAAGGUCUGGGCAUGAACUACCGAGGGAACGUGAACUUCACCCGGUCAGGCAUCGAGUGCCAGCUCUGGAGGAGUCGCUACCCACACAAGCCUGAAAUCAACUCUACCACCCACCCUGGGGCCGACCUGCAGGAGAAUUUCUGCCGUAACCCGGAUGGCAGCACCACUGGGCCCUGGUGCUAUACUACAGACCCCACUGUGCGGAAGGAGGAGUGCAGCAUCCCUGUGUGCGGCGGGGGGGGCGUCACUGUGCAGCUGACCCCACGAACCAGCGGCUCCACGGUGAAUCUGUCACCUCCAUCGGAGCAAUGCCUCCCUGAGCGUGGCCGGUACUACCAGGGUCGCCAGGCGGUGACCGCACAUGGGUCCCCCUGCCUGGCCUGGGCCAGCAGUCAGGCCAAGGCCCUGAGCAAGGACCAGGACUUCAACCCUGAGGUGCCGCUGGUGGAGAACUUCUGCCGCAACCCGGACGGGGACGAGGAGGGCGCGUGGUGUUAUGUGUCGGAGGACCCCGGCGGCUUCGAGUACUGCGACCUGGACUACUGCGAGGAGCCGGUGGAGGAGGUGGGCGACGGGCUGGCCGAGGACCCGGACGCGCCCAUCGAGGGACGCACCGGCGAAGAGGAGUUCCAACCCUUCUUCAACGAGAAGACCUUUGGCGCCGGGGAGGCAGACUGUGGGCUGCGGCCUCUGUUCGAGAAGAGGUCGGUGAAGGACAAAACAGAACACGAGCUUCUGGAUUCCUACAUCGACGGGCGCAUCGUGGACGGUUGGGACGCGGAGAUUGGCCUCGCGCCCUGGCAGGUGAUGCUAUUCCGGAAGAGUCCCCAGGAGCUGCUGUGUGGGGCCAGCCUCAUCAGUGACCGCUGGGUCCUCACGGCUGCCCACUGUCUCCUGUACCCACCUUGGGACAAGAACUUCACCGAGAAUGACCUUCUGGUGCGCAUUGGCAAGCACUCCCGCACCAGGUAUGAGCGGAGCAUCGAGAAGAUCUCCAUGCUGGAAAAGAUCUACAUCCACCCCAGGUACAACUGGAGGGAGAACUUGGACCGGGACAUAGCUUUGCUGAGGCUCAAGAAGCCCAUCACCUUCAGCAACUACAUCCACCCCGUGUGCCUGCCUGACAAGGAAACCGCAAUCAGACUGCUCCGCGCCGGAUACAAAGGGCGGGUGACUGGCUGGGGCAACUUGAGGGAGAUGUGGAUGUCCAGCGUUGCCGAGGUGCAGCCCAACGUCCUGCAGGUGGUGAACCUGCCCAUUGUGGAGCGGCCGGUGUGCAAGGCCUCCACUCGGAUCCGCAUCACCGACAACAUGUUUUGUGCUGGCUUCAAGCCCAGUGAAAGGAAACGAGGAGAUGCCUGUGAAGGCGACAGUGGGGGGCCCUUUGUCAUGAAGAGCCCCUUUAACAACCGCUGGUAUCAAAUGGGCAUCGUGUCAUGGGGUGAAGGCUGUGACAGGGAUGGAAAAUAUGGCUUCUACACACACGUGUUCCGCCUGAAGAAGUGGAUACAGAAGGUCAUUGAUCAGUCUGGAAGUUAGCGGGCUGCUCACAUUCUAGGCUCCUCACUGCAAAAUCACAGAAACCAAUCCAGCAGAAUUAUUUUUGUGGUUUGUUCUUAAAACUAUAUAGUUCUCAAUAAAAGUGCCGGUCAACAAGC